CUAUCAGUAACUUUCCAAAGUCCCGGCGGAUGUUCGCGAUGAGCAAACUGUGCCUCUCUCUCCGCGUGAUGUUUCUGUGCGGAUUCGUCCGGGCUCAGCAGCCGCUGCUGCCCGGCUCCUGCAGCUUUGAGCUGGGCACCUGUGGCUACACAUCAGACGACAACUAUGGCAGAUGGAGCAUUAAUGAAGAAGGGCAUUUGAUAACAGUGGACUCCGCCUACUUAGAAGACCAGGAGCAGGCAAUUCUUGUCAGUCCUACUCUGGACCAGCGGGACUGGAGCUGUGUGAGGCUGGUGUAUCAGAUCACUGGGAAGGGUUCCCUGCAGCUCCACUUAAGACCAGACAGUGACAACUUUGACUAUCGGCUCUGGACUGCCAACAAAGCUUCUGACAGCUGGCUCAUCGCUAGUGUGGACCUACCAAACACCACCAUCCCCUACCAGAUUUUGCUGGAAGGUCGACCUCAACAUGGCUCUGGGAACAGUGUGGCCAUCUUUGAAAUUCACAUUGUUCCUGGUUACUGCAUAGAGUGUAAUUUUGAGGAACAUCACCUGUGUGGCUACAGUAAUAGCUGGAACCCAAAUGUCAACUGGUAUGUCGGGGGGAGUGUGGCUAGAGAGUCUAACCUGCUUGAAAAUCAAACCAGCAAUAACCAGAGAGGCCACUACAUGUAUGCAGACUCAGUGUAUGCCAAACACUUCCAAGAGGUUGCCAAGCUGACCUCACCCAUGACCACAGUGCCCAUGGAAGGCUGCCUGUCCCUCUAUUAUCUCCGAGACCAGGAAAGAGGAAACAUUUUUUCGGUUUUCACCAGAGACCAGCUGGGCCACUAUGAGGAGAUCUGGAGGCCAGAGGUGUAUACUACAGCGGGCUGGACUCCGGUCAGCGUUGACAUCAAGGCCCCACACCCCCUGGAGGUGGUGUUUGAGGUGGCUUUCAACAGUGCCAGAGGUGGAUACGUGGCCAUAGAUGACAUCUCCUUUUCCCCUGUAUUCUGCCACACUGACACAGAACCGACCUUUGACCCAUCUAUAGCCAACUGUGACUUUGAGAAUGGCCUGUGUCUGUACUAUCAAGAGAGAGCAGAGAGUAAGGUGUGGAGUACAGUUUCAGUCAAGCCUAAUGUCUACAGGAUAGGGGACCAUACCACAGGGACCGGAUCUUUCCUCCUGGCAAACACUCGUUUCAUUUCGAGACCUGGUUAUGUGGGUCGGCUUCAUGGCCCUUUUUUACCUGGAAACCACAAAUACUGUCUGAGGUUCUACUACAUGCUUCGUGGGUUUAGGAAAAUAGACAAUGCUCUGGUUCUUUAUAUUUACGAUGAAAAUAAUGUGGCCCAGGAAAAGGUGUGGAGCCUGACUGACAUUUCCCAUGCUGUAUGGACUGAAGUAGAGAUCACCUACAUGAAGCCCAUGUUGUCCAAGGUAGUGUUUGUCAGCAUAUGUAAGAACUUCUGGGAAUGCGGCCUCGUAGCCAUUGAUGACAUCACUGUGAGCCUGGGAGACUGUCAGAUAACAGCAGGUAAAACACUGACACCCUCCCUCCCAGGCCAGUGUAACUUUGAGGGUGGAGUAUGUGGCUUCAUACAGGAUAAGAAAGGGGAUAAGGCUGACUGGUUGCGAGUCCAAGGACACACCCCCACCUCCUAUACGGGACCCAGAGGAGAUCACACCACAGGGGUGGGUUAUUUCAUGUACAUUGAGGCAUCACUCAUGCGUCCGGGUGACAGAGCUCGACUGCUGACCUCUGACCUGCGGGGCUCAUCAUCUCUUCAGUGUUUAAUCUUCUACUACCACAUGUAUGGAUCUGGCACUGGCAUCCUAACUGUGUUCCUGCGCCAUGGCAGCAAAGAGCAAGACACGCUGCUGUGGAGACGGCGUGGUGAGCAGAGUGUCGGCUGGAUGAGAGCAAUGGUGGACUACUCCUGUGAUGCCCAACACCAGAUUAUAUUUGAAGCUAUCCGAGGCCCAUCACUACGAAGUGAUAUUGCUAUUGAUGACAUCCUUUUUAAAAGGGGACCAUGUGAAGAUUCUGGGGACAACACUCCAUACUCAGGAUCCUCAGAGUAUUUCAAUGAGAUUGAAAACUGACGUUGAUGAGAAGUCUGUUGUGCUAGUUUCUCAGAGUUGGCUGGAGUGGUUUUCAAAAGGGUGAAUGCCUAUCCACUGUCACAUUCCCAUUACAUUACAUUACAUGGCAAUAAAUCACACGAUCACAAUUCAGUGCUAAGUCUGGUAGAUACUAUGUACAGAAAGUUGUAUAAGUUUUUUUUGUCACUCUGUUUAUAAGGUAUAAUUUAAAAAUGGUGAUUGCUUUGCUACAUCUGUGACCUUGUUUUCUAUACUUACAUCAAGACAUAAAUCAAGUGUUUGUCCGGUUGCUUUUCAGCAGAAAUGAUCGAGGACCCUUGCUUCAAAAUUUUAUUUCCUUUGUCCUGUCAUUUACUUUAUUUGGUAAAUUAUCACCACAGAAAGACUCUCAGAUAAUAGGCAGAAACAGAGGGAGAACAUGAACAAGGUUCUAAAGAAAUCUGACCUUUUCAUACUGAUGAGGCUCCUAUGAAGAUACAAAUUUUACAGUUUUACCCUAGAGCCCUAAACAAAAAAGCAUCAAGUAAAGUUAUUCUGUAAGUCCAUGCCUACCAGCUUGUGCAUUUUGUGUUCAGGUUUAGGGAAUCAAAGGUUUUCUUGUAAGCACAGAUAUUUUCUGUUUGGUCUUAUAAAAUAUUUGCAAAGUAGAUUUUUCUAAAAAGUUUCAGCACUGUUUAUUUGCUUUGCUGUCUUUUACUGUACUGGCUGCUGCUUUGCUUCCACGUGUUGGUCGAAGGGAUAACACAACACCAUUGGUAGAAAUGCAUCCACAUGUCACCUUAAGGUAUGUGCAUCUUUGGGAGACUGCAUGAAAACACAUAACAGGGAUGGGGACUCACACAUAAGAGAUAUUCUCUUAAGCAAACUCCACAGUACACCAAUCACUGCUUUGUUCUUUUUUCUUUUUUUAUUUAUUUCUACAAUGGUUUUUAAAAUCUGAAAAGUACAUUCAGUCAUCACUCCCAUCAGUGGAGUCACCUUUUAAACCUCAUCUGUGGCUGCAGCUGCAGAGUCAAAACACAAACAUAUCUCAUCUCAGAACACAAAUAAGGUAGUGUAAGUUUCACCAGAAUUCACUAAUUCACUCAAUGUUUUUUAUGCUAUUUUCACUGUGACAAAGGACUUGGGUCCAGCUCUUUAGUUCCUAUCUAUCUAUGACCCAAAGGUGUUCUAUUGGAUUUAAGCAAGGCUACAUAAUUGUCCAGGUCACAGUUUUCACUUUAUACCUCUCUCUUGCUUUGGCUUGUUAUGCUGAAAUGUUCUUCCUCUGCCAAACUGGAUUGGAAGUCAUGUAGUCAGCCAAUAGGUUUUUCAAAUCCACAAGCA